AGUAUUUUUGUGAAAUUUCAUCAAUAGUGUGCUUUCAAAAAUAGUCAACAGUGCGCUUUGUGACACUAGCCAAUGAACCUAAAAUACAUUGGCAUUCAAUAGAAAGGCUGGUUUCAAAUCAUAAAAAUCGACUAAAAAUGGCCAUUCAGUGAAUAUUUCAAGUCAGUUUUUAGCAUUUCGACAAUAAUUCAUUUCAUUCGUUUCUUCAUACAUUUCCUUGAAUUAAAUUCCGAAUUAAAAAUAAGAAAGAAUUUUAAUGUAACGUCUGAACAUUGCUAGAACUAGUCGGAUUCUUUGCUUCAUAGUUAUGUAUUGAAGCAUCUCAUUUCAACAAACAGAAAGUAUCGUUGGCAACAAAGAAACGCUCUGAAUUUAGGAGCAUUAGAUUAUAAUUUGUUUUUAAUCAUUAUCAAUAAAACUAGCAAUUUCGUUUGUACUAUUUGAAUAGGCCACUUCCAAGAAUAUUCGAUGAUAUUGUGUUUCAACAAGAAGUGUUCGGAUAGAAAGAGAAAAUUAGUUUAAUUUCAACAGAGCCUUGUAAUUUGGCGCCGUAAUAUACUACUUCUAAGUUUCUCGACGCAUCGAUAUAAUUUGCAAUUAGAAAAAAAAACAAGUCGUGGGAAGCAUUUUCUUCAUUACUUUAUUAAUAGAAGUAGUAAUUAAUUUGUUUACUCAAAAAAAGGUUAAUGUAGUUAUUCAAACAGAUAGAGUUUCUUCAGGAAAAAGGCAGACAUCCGGGCGCAGACUAAAUCUUUAGACCACAAUCUUUGGUUUUAUUUUGGAAUGUGGCAAAAAUCACAACAAAUUCCAGUAGCUUAACUAGACUUGUCGACUACGAUGACAUACGAUAACCACGAUAUGAACGUGAAUUCAAUUUUUGCUUGAUAAAAUACUAUCUGUUCAAUUUGUUAUGUUGAACACUUGGAUAGAUUAUAAAAAUGAUCAAAUUUUUUUGAUAAUUUUUCUGAUUAAAAAAUUGAAAUGUCUUUUUUCAAACUUUUUCCUAAGACAAUCGUUAGACGAAUCCCUUUGUUCAAAUCCCGUUUUUUACUUGUCAACAAUCAUAAUUUUUAUCAUAUAAUCACAAAGAGCAAAGCAUCCAAAUUUGUUUCACCCAUUCAAUAUCCAAACAAAGUUUGGCCACUCGCCCGAUUCAAAUGACGUCUGUAUUUAUUGUUUAAUUGUUGAUAAGUAUGUGCUUUGACGCCGACAACCAGAAGUGCCCAGCACAAAUUGUGUUGAUAUUAAUCACGCAAUCUAAAACGUCUUGCAUUCUGUGGCAGUGAAGUCAUUGCUCAUGACAGUUGAUUGUUAUCGCUCGUUCUAUUGCUCUUUCUUGCUCAUUCUUCUCUCUGGACUACACUCCGUUUCGUGAUUGUAAAUGAAUUUGCAUUUGUAAUGAUUUUCACAGGCGGCUCUAUGAUUAAAAAGCAACUGAAAUUACUCAUUGAAAUUCAUUUACGUUCAAACUGUAAUGAUACCAUUCACUCACUCGAGUUCGAUAGGUGAUUGAGAGAGAGUGAUAGGUUUUCCCAUUUGAAACGGUGCAUCGUGUGUUGGAAAUUCAUGUAACUAGUGAUUUUUGGCACGAAUAUAACGCACCCGGUAGAUUUGCAUCCAACGAUCGCACAGAAACAUUUCCAAAUCACGUCUCAGUUUCUCUUGGGAUGAGAAGAGGUUCUCAUGUGAUUUGUUUUCCCGAUAAUUCUGGGCUAAAGUGAUUUUUGUUCCGUAAUUUAAAAAGAAAAAUGGUUGGCUCCAGCAAUAUGGACAAAAUGCCGAAAGUUGAUAUAAACGAUACGAAUCGACCAUUUCCACCAACGCGUCUCACCAUCGCUCUUAUGUUGUUUGCCACAACAUUCGUUGGGUAUAUCAUUAGAGUGAAUUUAUCAAUCAGUAUUCUUGGCAUGGUUCGAACACAACAAAUUGUUAAUCAAACGGAAAAUCAGAAAUAUGAUCUGCCGGAUUAUGGGCCUCGUUACAAUUGGUCAAAUUCCCAGCAGAAUCUUGUUUUGAGCGCAUUUUUUUGGGGUUUGAUGGGAACACAGUUGAUCGGUGGACUGUUGAAUCAACUGUUGGGCCCACGGAUUGUCGUUGGAACUUGCCUCGGUUUGACUGCCAUUUUUACAGCGUUCGUUCCAUUAGCAGCUGAAUUAUCAUCAUCGAUGUGGGCCGUAUUUUCUGUUCGACUGUUCCUUGGUGCAUUGGCCGGUAUUAUGCAGCCAGGAACACAAGCGGCAAUAGCAUCUUGGGCACCACCCCAAGAGACCGGAAAAUUUGUAUUCACUUCAAUCGGUGGAACACUUGGAACGGUGCUAACAUGGCCAUUUGUUGCAUACCUAAUGACCCAUCUCGGAUGGGUUUAUGCAUUCUAUAUACCAGCUACAAUCGUGCUGUUCACAACGGUGCUCUGGUUUUACACCGUUUACAAUUCACCGGCUGAACACCCGCGAAUCAGUGAGUUAGAAGUGAAAUACAUUGAAGCAUCACAAGGCAAUACGGUUUCCCGUACUCAAAGAGGGUUACCGCCGAUCAAAUGUAUUCUUAAAUCCGUUCCAUUUUGGGCGCUUCUUUUCUUGCAUUUUGGGCACAUGUGGUCGUUUUAUUUCUUGCUGGUUGCGGCACCUAAAUAUCUAAAUGAGGUAUUGAAAUUCGAUUUAGAAAAGGCCGGUUUCUUGGCCAGCGCACCUUAUUUGAGCCGUUUCAUUUGUGGAUUUAUAUUUGGCUCAAUAUCCGACUAUUUAAUCAAGCAUAAACUGUUAUCAGUUACCACAAUUCGAAAGAGUUUCAGUUUAUUCUCACAUAUCUUACCUGGUUUGUUGUUGUUCAGUUUACGUUUUGUCAGCGACAAUCCGAUCCAUUGUGUAAUUUUAAUUACCAUCGCGAUGGGCUUUAACGGUGCAACGACGGUCGUUAACCUUGCCAAUGCGUUAGACCUAGCACCGAACUAUGUGGCCACACUAAGCGCAAUAAUCAACACAUUUGCCACUUCAGGUGGUAUCAUUGCACCGGUAGUUGUUACUUAUUUCACUCGUGAACAUAACACAACCAACGAAUGGAACCAAGUGUUUCUCAUUUCAUCCGCUCUCUAUGUGACAUCGGCCAUUGCGUUCAUGUUCUUUGGCAGUGGGAAAGUGCAAGACUGGAAUGACGAUACGUAUAAAAUUAAACGAGAUGCCAAACGAAAAUUGCGUCAAUCCGACGAAAGUCACUUUUAGCAUUAAUUUGCACGUACGCGCGUGUGUUAACCUAUUCAAUUUGUAUAAAAUAUUUAAUUUUUAAUAAAUAAAACCGCAACUAUUACAUA